AUGAUUAUAGGAAAUGUUGAUCAGAAAACCACACAGAAGUUUCGCAGAAAAAUAGAAAGAGCUCAAACUAAGGUUAAGAAUACAGAACCGGUACCUUCUACUUCAAGACAGCCUACAGAGAGUUCUACAGAUGAAUCAGAAAUUUUAACGAAAGACGAAGAAUACAAUGAGCCAACGCCAACAUGGUCGACCAUCUCGAAUCUCAAAAAAAAGAAGAAAUUAACCCCACUGAUUUUCAAUAAAUUAUCCGAAACUUGCGACCGUUAUGGGGUGUCAUACAGAGCAGGAGCUGCCAUUGCGUCGGCAGCUCUUCAAGAUGUAAAUUUGAUUUCAAAAAAUAAAUCUUCAUAUAUUCUGUCGCGUCUCAAUUUAGAGUGA